AUGCAGUUGAACGAAAGCGCGCCGCCAAGGCUGGUAGUAGGCAAGCCAAAUAUAAUGGACAGAGAAGGCUUCCUUCGAGAUGUUGACGAGAUUCUAGACACUAGGAUAUUUACGAACCUUGGCCCGUUCGCCGCAAAGUUGGAGGCAACAGUGUGCUCCUAUCUGAAUGUGAAGCACGCCUUUGCGGUAUCAAACGCAUCUGUGGGAUUGGCCAUGAUGCUACGAGCUUUAGAGCUUCGAGCAGGAGGGGAGGUCAUUUUGCCCGCCUACACGUUCAUCGCAACCGCGCACGCAGUCAUCGAGUGCGGCCUGAAGCCUAUUUUUUGCGACUGCGACCCUGAGUCACACCUCAUCGGGGUCAAGGAAGUUUCAGCGUGCUUCUCACCUAACACUGUCGCAGUUCUGGCGGUCAAUUUAUGGGGGCUAGCUUGUGACGUGGAAGGCCUUCGCUCGUUUGCUGAAGAGAACCACAUCAGCUUGCUAUACGACUCCGCACAUUCUUUCGGAGCACGUGCGCCCUGUGGCACGUUUCUUGGAAACUUUGGUGAGGCGGAAGUAUUCAGCAUGCACGCCACCAAACUGUUUAACAGUUUUGAAGGUGGUCUAAUCACGACUAACAGUGACUUGAUUGCUAAGAGGCUGGCUCCCAUGAGAAACUUUGGCAUCACUGGUCAGGAUCAAGUUUCGUGUUGGGGAUCAAAUUACAAACUAUCUGAAGUGCAUGCCGCUUUCGCCCUCCGUCAGCUGUGCAACAUCGAGAAACUGGUCGAUUUGUACAAGGAGAACCCACGAAGGAUGCACGCACGCGUAUGUGUGCUUUGA